AUGGAGUUCCACAACGGGAGCUUUGGCCACAUUUUCAAGCUGUGGCUUGCCGCCACCCUUGCUUUCCUCCUGCUAUUGUUGCUCGUCAGCCAGGGGUGGUCGCCGGUGGACAUGAUGGCAGCGUCUCGUUUAGCCGAGCUUCUGCCCAAGGUUGCCACGGACGACCGGACGGUGAUCAUCACGUCGGUGAACGAGGCGUUCGCGCGGCCGGGUUCCCUCCUCGACCUCUUCCGUGAGAGCUUCUACGCCGGAGAGAAGAUCAACCACCUCCUGGACCACGUCCUCGUCGUGGCCGUCGACGCCGCGGCGUACCACCACUGCCGGCGCGUGCACCCAUUCUGCUACCUUCUCCAAGCGAACACAUCCAUGAACCUGAGCUCCGCCAGUAACUACAUGAGCGACGCCUACGUGGAGCUCGUCUGGGCCAAGCUCGAGCUGCAGCAGCGGGUCCUCCAGCUGGGCUACAACUUCCUCUACACGGACGUGGACAUCGUGUGGUUCCGCGACCCGUUCCGGCACAUCGGGGUGCACGCGGACAUGGCCACCUCCUCCGACCUGUACUUCGGCGACCCCGACGACAUCGACCGCAGCUGGCCCAACACCGGGUUCUACUACGUUAAGGCGACGAACCGGACCGUGGAGAUGCUGCGGCGGUGGCGGGCGGCGAGGUGGCGGUUCCCGCGAGGCCACGAGCAGACCAUCUUCAACCACAUCAAGCACGAGCUCACCGCCGCCGACGGCGACCUGCGGGUGCGGCUCCAGUUCCUCGACACGGCCCGCUUCGGCGGCUUCUGCCAGCUCUUCCGCAACGACAUGGCGAAGGCGUGCACCAUGCACGCCAACUGCUGCGUGAGCCUGGGGAACAAGCUGAGCGACCUCCGGGACGUGCUCGGGCAGUGGAGGAACUACACGGUGAUCAAGCCGGCGGAGAGGAAGAAGGCGCAGGAAGCCGGGAGGAUCUUCGAGUGGCGCGUCCCGGCCAAGUGCGGGACGCCGGACAAGAGGGCGGCGCGGCCACCUGAUUCGGACCGGCGCGCGAUCAGUUGA